AUGAGCUUCAUAACGGGAUUCAAAAAGAACCUUAACAGAGCAGGCACAACGCUCAUGCAACGCACAGGCGUCGUCGAUCGCACUGUCGACAGCGAAUUUGACGAGGAAUACGAACGAUUCAAAACACUUGAAAAGAAGGCUGAAAAGCUGACAAAGGAAGCCAAGGGUUACCUGGAUGCAAUGCGAGCAAUGACUGGAACUCAAUUACGCAUCUCACAAACCAUUGGACACUUUUACGAUGAUACGGUCAUUAUGGGACCUGGUGGACAAGAAUACAGAAAAGUCAUUGAAAAGAUGGAUGAGGAAACCAAAACAGACAUGGAUCAAGCAUUCAGAUCCACCGUACUUGAGCCAUUAUCGCGAUUCUGUUCUUAUUUCCCUGAAGUCAACGAAGCUGUGAAACGACGUCAAAAGAAGCUCUUGGAUUAUGACGCCCAUCGUUCCAAAGUUCGAAAGUUGAUUGAUAAGCCAAGUGAGGAUCCUCAACGGUUGCCAAGGGCGGAGCAAGAAGCAAACAUGGCACGUGAGAUGUAUGAAGGCUUAAACAGUAUCCUCAUUGCGGAUCUUCCCAAGGUGGUGGAGUUACGUGUGCCCUAUCUCGAUCCUACUUUUGAAGCACUUGUCAAGGCUCAAUUGCAAUUCUGCCAAUCCAGCUAUGAGCAACUCGAAGGUUUACGACACCAUUUUCCUCCAGAGACCGAUGCAUCCGAUAGGCGUGUGGAUGAUGUGCUUCAGCAGAUGCGUGAAUUGAGCAUUUGUGGCAACUUUUAG